UGAGCUGAUAAGUAUACGAAAGCGUCCUCGUAAACUGCUCGUGUUUCCACCUAUAGCAGAGAUUGCGACUGUAUCUGCCUAGAUGUUGAUCAUAGGGCGCGUCACCUCUCUCUUAAAGAUCCGCAAACGACGUGCCCUUUAUCCUCUAUCAAGAUAAAGGUCAAAAUCCUCAAUUCGUUCUCCAGAGCUAGUAUAUCUUCCAAGAUGCCUUUUCCACCACUUUACAUCAUCAACCCUCAACCAGAUUACUCACACACUCACACAAUUAUCCUACUCCACGGUCUAGGCAGUACUGCGAGUCAAUUUGCAACUGAUCUCUUCUCCCACAAGUCCUCCGACCCCUAUCAGACUCUAGCAUCUGCGCUGCCGAAUUUCCGCUGGGUCUUUCCCGAUGCUGGCGAUCUCCAGAUACCCGGCCUCAAGGAAUGCAUGCCCUACUUGAAGAGCGUGAUAGAGUCAGAGGUCGAAAGUCUAGGCGGAAACUCAGAGCACGUAGUGCUGGGGGGGUUUAGUCAAGGAAGCGCGACAGCACUGUGGACCUUUUUAACCGGCUCGGCAACAGUUCGAGGGAAACUAGGAGCAUUUAUCGGACUGGGCACCUGGCUUCCUCUACCGAAGGAUGCGGACCCGAUCAAGAAUGUCGACUCUACGUGCGUCAAUAUAGACACAAAUGCUCAGGUGCUGAUGGAUACGCUGCUGCGCACGCUUGAUAUGGCUGGUCCUCCGUCAAAAGAAGCGAUCAUUAAAGCUAUGCACGAUACUCCGGCUUUCCUCGGCCACGGUAUAGACGAUGAACAGAUUAACCUCAAGCAUGGGCAUGCGGUGCGACAUAUUCUCCAGGCUGUUGGUACGCAGGUCGAGUGGAAGGACUACGUUGGAGCUGAGAGAGAAGGUCACUGGAUCAAGGAGCCCGAGGAAUUUGACGAUAUCAUUGCGUUUGUCCAGCGCCAAUGUAGAGGCGAAUGAGUCUAUUCAUUUCUUAUUUGGAUAGCAAUCAUUUAGUUUGCAAAGUCUCCAUUCUCGAACGGAACUCAAGUGUCAUCU